AAUUAUAGUGCACUUAUUAGUGUUAGGUCUAUGACGCAAUAAUGAAGUUCUAUAUUGAUGAUUUACCUGUUCUUUUUCCUUAUCCAAAAAUAUAUCCUGAGCAAUAUGCUUAUAUGUGUGAUAUUAAAAAAACAUUGGAUGUGGGAGGUAAGUGUGUAUUAGAAAUGCCUUCAGGUACGGGUAAGACUGUAUCAUUGCUUUCAUUAACAAUAGCAUAUCAAAUGCAUUAUCCUGAACAUAGAAAAGUCGUAUAUUGCUCUCGUACCAUGUCUGAAAUUGAAAAGGCAUUGAUAGAAUUGGAAAAUUUAAUGGACUUCAGAGCCAAAGAAUUGGGUUAUGUUGAAGAAUUUAGAGGUUUAGGUUUAACUAGUAGAAAGAAUUUAUGUUUACAUCCAACGAUAUCUAAAGAGAGAAAAGGUAUAGUGGUUGAUGAAAAAUGUAGAAGAAUUACAAAUGGUCAAUUGAAAGAAAAGAUAACCAAGGGAACAGUUAUUGAAGAUCCUACUUCAGAAAUGAACUCAUUAUGUACUUAUCAUGAAAAAUUAAAUGAAUUAGAGCAACAUGAUCUUAUACCGACAGGAACUUAUUCAUUUGAGUCAUUAGUCAAAUAUUGUAAAGAACAGGGUACUUGUCCAUAUUUCACUGUCAGAAGAAUGAUUCCAUUUUGUAAUAUUAUUAUUUAUUCAUACCAUUAUUUAUUAGAUCCUAAGAUUGCCGACCGUGUUUCUAAAGAAUUAUCCAAGGACAGUAUAAUUAUAUUUGAUGAAGCACACAAUAUUGAUAAUGUUUGUAUAGAAUCUUUAUCAUUGGAUUUAACCGAUGAUGUACUAAAAAGAGCGACCAGAGGAGCAAACAAAUUAGCCGAUGCCGUGGAUGAUAUGAAGGAGCAAGAUAGUGAAAAAUUACAAAAUGAAUAUGAAAAACUUGUUGAAGGAUUACGACAAGCCGAAAUUGAUAGACAAGAAGAGUUAUUCAUGAGUAAUCCAAUUUUACCUCAAGAUUUAUUGGAGGAAGCAAUUCCCGGUAAUAUUAGAAAAGCUGAACAUUUCAUAUCAUUCUUAAAACGAUUUAUAGAAUAUUUGAAAACAAGAAUGAAAGUUUUACAUGUUAUUAGUGAAACUCCAGUUAGUUUUCUUCAACAUUUGAAAGAGUUGACUUAUAUAGAUCGAAAACCAUUAAGAUUUUGUUCUGAAAGAUUAUCCUUAUUAGUCAGAACAUUAGAAUUGAAUGAAAUCGAAGAUUUCACAGCUUUGAAGGAUAUAGCGACUUUUGCUACUUUGGUAUCUACUUAUGAAACUGGAUUUCAAUUAAUCUUAGAACCCUUUGAAUCAGAGGGUUCUACUGUUCCUAACCCCAUAUUACAUUUUGCAUGUUUAGAUGCUUCAAUUGCAAUUAAACCAGUAUUUGAAAGGUUUUCCUCAGUCAUUAUUACAUCCGGGACUAUCUCACCUUUGGAGAUGUAUCCGAAAAUGCUUAAUUUUGAAACUACUAUUUCAGAAUCGUAUUCAAUGACUUUAGCCAGAAGAUCAUUCCUUCCAAUGAUUGUAACAAAAGGGUCAGAUCAAGUAGCUAUAUCAUCAAAGUUUGAAAUUAGAACCGAUCCUUCUGUGGUUAGAAAUUAUGGAUCUUUAUUGGUUGAAUUUUCAAAAAUUACUCCUGAUGGAAUGGUUGUUUUCUUUCCUUCUUAUUUAUAUAUGGAAUCUAUCAUUUCUAUGUGGCAAACAAUGGGUGUAUUGGAUGAAGUUUGGAAGUAUAAACUUAUUUUAGUUGAAACUCCAGAUGCUCAAGAGACUUCGUUGGCAUUGGAAACAUAUAGAAAAGCAUGCUCUAAUGGUAGAGGAGCAGUUCUAUUAUCGGUUGCUCGUGGUAAAGUAUCAGAAGGAAUUGAUUUUGAUCAUCAUUAUGGAAGAACCGUACUUAUGAUUGGUAUCCCAUUCCAAUAUACAGAAUCUAGAAUCUUAAAGGCAAGAUUAGAAUUUAUGAGAGAUCAUUUUCAAAUUCGAGAGAGUGAUUUCUUAUCAUUCGAUGCUAUGAGACAUGCAGCUCAAUGUUUAGGUAGAGUUUUGAGAGGUAAAGAUGAUUACGGAAUUAUGGUUUUGGCUGACAGAAGAUUUUCCAACAAAAAGAAGCAACUUCCCAAAUGGAUUGCACAAGCCUUAAAUGAUUCUGAUGAUAACUUAUCUACGGAUAUGGCAUUAGCUACUGCCAAAAAGUUCUUACGGAGUUUAGCACAACCCACGAAUCCUAAGGAUCUGGAAGGUGUGUCUGUAUGGAAUCUUGAACAACUUGAGGCAUUCCAAAAACAACAUCAACAAAAGCAACAGACUGCUCAAUUUGAUGUGGAAGAAACUAAGGUAGAAGUACAAGAUGAUUUCAUGGAUAUUGACGAUGACGAUCUUGACCUUCUCUAGAAGCUCUUUUUUUUUUGCAGACUGUAUAUUUGUAAACAACGCGCACUAUAAUUAAUUAUAUAGGAUAGGAUCAAUAUAUGGAAUCGUUAAAAU